ACCUUUGCCGAGAGCAUAUGUUUGAAACGCUCCAUCCGCUUGAGUGUGAGAAACAAAAUACUAAACUUUGCUAACAAACGGUGAUCUAUCCGCCCUAUCUCGAAAAAGUCAAUCAAUCGUCGUUCUGCGAUUGAGUAUCGUGCAAGUGAUUUGUGUCCGUUGAUUUGCGGUAAACAUGUUAAAAUUUGUGUUACUGUCAGUUCUCGUAGCUGGAGCUAGCGCCGGCUACGCCAGCAGCCAGUACGCCGGUACGUCCUCGAACGGUCUGUAUAAUCAGAUCAACGCCGCUUCCUAUGCUGACAAGUACCCCUACACCAAUACAGGUUUCAACGGGGGCUUCGCCCAGAAUUUCGCAGGCCCCAAUGGGGUAGUGGGUGCGGCAGCUGGAGUUGGAACCGGAGCCGGAGCUUUCACGCCCGGAUUCGCUCCCUACCAACCGGUUCCGGCCUUCCCGAAUGCCUUCGAUUUCAACGGUUUCUUCCAGGGGCUGCAGAACAAUUUCGCGAAUUCAGCUACGCAGGCUCACGCGACGGGAGGAUCUUUUGCGACGGCAGCCUCCGGAUCGUACGCGUACCACUAUCAACUUCCGGCAACUUCUUCACAGCAGCAACAGUUGCAGCAUCCGUAUCCGGCACCCUACACAGUCCAAACUAACUUGCAAGAUUUUUACAACAGCUUCCAAAAUUUGUAUCAGCAGCAGCUAAACCACCAGAACGCCCUCUUCAAUAGCUUCCGGCAGCAGCAGCAGGCAUUCGCAGCGGCCGCAGGAGCCCAAGGAGCCCAGGGACAGCAGCAACACUUCGCCGGUGGUGCUCCGAAUGGAGGCCAGUACGGAUUUGCUGGAUCAUCGGCUUCUUAUGGACCAGGGGGUUUCCACCAAACUGCGCAAAUCUAUCCAGAGAAUCCGGGAUCGCCAAAUAUUGAUACCCGUUUUGGUGGAUCUCAACAAGGAGGACCAGGUUUCGUCGGAGUGUCCAGUUUCUCAUCGUCGUCGAACAUCAACGGUCAAACCCAUCGUGAGGCGGCUACUUCGGUCAAUGACAACGGCAAGGUGACCACCUAUCAUGUGCGCUCUUAGAUUGGCUGAGAGCCCUAUCGGUCAGUGGAUCUUGCACAGGACGACAGUACAUGACUUAGUUUUUGGGAGACUGUUUUUGUGAUUUUUCAAAGUUCAUAUCAAAAUUAUACGGAACCCAUCCCCUUCAAUCAUCAUGGAUCGCUAGGCGACAAUUUUCCCCAGUGCGUACUUACAGUGAGAAGACAAUAUAUUUUAUUUCGAAUAAAAUUAUUACUUAUCUAA